AAAUAAUGUCAUUUCUCUCUCUUUAUACACUGUCACAGCUAAUUAUCUAAACCAGGUCAUUCUGAUCUUCUUCAUCUUUCUUUAGAUUACCAACUCAAGCCCCCUUAAUAUAGAUCCUCAUUAAACCUCACCCUUUUUUCAACACCCUACAGCUUAGGUUUCCCCUUCAUUUUCUCUCAGAUUUCAAGCUCAUUAGCAUAAUCUUCUCCGUGUGACCACAUACAGAGAAGAACGUUUUUUAACUCACAGAAAUGGCAGCAUCUUCCCUUACAAUCUCUCCAAGAAAGCUUCGAUCCGAUCUUUACUCAUAUUCCUAUCAGAAUAAUGCAAACAUCCCACUGGUGAUAUCAGUUCUUGCUUCUCUUAUUGAGAGAACAAUGGCAAGAAACGAAAGGAUUUCCAAGAAUUGUAAAUCGGCGCUGACAAAGGAUUUCAGAAGCAGAGUUUUUGAUUGCCAUGAGACACCAGACAUGACAAUUCAAUCCUACCUAGAGAGAAUCUUCCGAUACACCAAAGCCGGACCAUCAGUUUAUGUGGUUGCAUAUGUAUAUCUUGAUCGGUUUUGCCAGUCAAAUCCAAGGUUUCGGAUUGAUACAAGAAAUGUACAUAGGCUUCUCAUUAUAACCAUCAUGGUGGCUUCCAAGUACGUUGAAGACAUGAAUUACAGAAAUUCGUACUUUGCGCGAGUGGGAGGAUUGACGAUAAACGAAUUAAAUAACUUGGAGCUUGAAUUUUUAUUCUUGAUGGGUUUCAAGUUGCAUGUAAAUGUGAGUGUGUUCGAGAGCUACUGCUGUCACUUGGAAAGGGAAGUUAGCAUUGGAGGAGGAUACCACAUUGAGAGGACUCUAAGAUGUGCUGAAGAAAUCAAAUCAAGACAAAAUGAAGAAAGAAGAUACAACCAGAUUGCUCGCAUUAUGUUGUAAUUGUAUCAUUGAGGCAAUUUUCAUUCUCCCUAUUUUGCUUUUGGUUUUGUACAGAUUCGAUGUAUAAAUAUGUGAUGGUUUAUUUGAGUACAGAGGAGUGGUGUAUAAGCAUAACCAUAUCGUAUGGUUUUUAACAUUCCCAUGGUUUUCGUUUUACUUACAUACUUACAACCAAUCACAGUUUAGAAGGGCCAUUGCCCAUUGGCAACACAGUGAAAAUUGAC